CUUUCAAUACAAAGUUCCGUUCAAUUAAAAAAAUACAAGAUGAUCUUCCCAGUGGCCCUAAUUUCCACGUGUUUCCUAAUUUCUGCCUCCCUGGGAUCGGAAGAAACCUGCCACCCCCUGGAAGACGAGUGCGAGACCAUUACCGUACAACGAUACUUCGAGAAGCGCUACAAGAAGGAUGCCGAGCUCUUAAAGUGCAGGACAGACUUAUCGGAACUUCAAAAAAGAUAUUCAGACUUUCCGAGCGAGGAUCUAGAAAAAUAUUCCCAGAUAUCGAAAUGCCAACAGGAUUACUCGGACUUGGUGAAAAGCCACUUGGAAGUGCUGAGUCAACUUAAAGAAAGUGAAGUUAAAUAUGAGCAGAUGAUAAAUCAAAAAAAUGGAGAAAUGGACCUGCUAAAAAAUCAAAUUAGUGACCUAAAGAAAACAAGUGAUCUAGCAAUGUAUACUAAUCUGUUCCGCGAAGAAAUUGCCAAGUUGGAAAAAAAAGUAAAGAUUGGAGAAAUUCAUGAAAAUAAUCUAACAAAGUCGGAAGUAAAAACUGGAGAGCUCCCAACAACUCCACUGCAUAAUAUUAAUAACCAGACGACACCGAAAACAGAAAUCAUAGGUGAAAAUUUGUCCACGAAGUCAAGCUAA